CUCGCCGCGCGCGUGCGCAGUGGGCCGCCCGCCGCCAUGCCGGAGCCGCGCGGGUCCUCGCCGCUGCGGGUGAACGCGGCGUUCGCGGCGCGGUACGGCCGCUACCGGGAGCGCGAGGAGCUGCAGCGGCUGAAAGAUCGCUACGGGGACCGGGACAGCGGCGGCGACUCCAGCUCCGAGUCUGACUCCAGCGACGAGCGCGUGGAGUUUGACCCCCAGCAGGAGCGUGACUUCUACACGACUCUCUCCUUGUUGAAGAAGAAGGACCCCCGCAUUUAUCAGAAAGAUGCCACCUUCUAUCAGAGAACAGCGUCGUCCUCGGAGAGCGAGGAGGAGCCGGCCGCCGAGCAGAAGCAAAAGAAGACACGGCCCAUGUACCUGAAGGACUACGAGAGGAAAGUUAUCCUGGAGAAGGAGGGCAAAUACGUCGAUGAGGAGAAUUCCGACGGGGAGCCCUCCCAUCAGAGACCCCAGGUCACGUCAAAGAGUUACGUGGACGAGCAGAAGCAGCUCAAGGAGAGCUUCCGGGCGUUCGUGGAGGACAGUGAGGAUGAGGACAGCGCUGGGGAAGGCGGCUCCGGGUUGCUGCAGAAGCGCGCUAAAACCAGGGAGGAGAAGGCCCAGGAGGAUGCCGACUACGUGGAAUGGCUGAAGGGACAGAAGGAGAUUCCAAACCCUGACGCCUUGAAAGAACUGACUCACCUCAAGGAAUAUUGGAACAACCCAGAGCUGGAUGAAGGGGAGCAGUUCCUUCGGGAUUACAUCCUCAACAAACGCUACGAGGAAGAGGAAGAUGAGGAGGAGGUGGAGGAAGAUGAGGAGGAGGAGGAAGGGAUCCCCGGCCCCCCGGUCCAGCUGGCCGUGGACGACUCCUCAGACGAGGGGGAGCUGUUUCUGAAGAAGCAGGAGGACUUCGAGCAUAAGUACAACUUCCGCUUCGAGGAGCCGGACUCAGCCUUGGUCAAGACCUACCCUCGGAGCAUUGCGUCCUCCGUGCGCCGCAAGGACCAGCGCAGGAAGGAGAGGAGGGAGGAGACCAGGGAGAGAAAGAAGAAGGAGAAAGCGAAGAAGCAAGAGGAAAUCAAGCAGCUGAAGAACCUGAAGAGGAAGGAGAUUCUGGCCAAGCUGGAGAGGCUGCGGCAGGUCACGGGCAAUGAGACCCUGGGCUUUGAGGAGCAGGACCUCGAGGAAGACUUCGACCCCGCCCGGCACGACCAGCUCAUGCAGAAGUGCUUCGGAGACGAAUACUAUGGCGCGAUGGAGGAGGAGAAGCCACAGUUUGAGGAAGAGGAAGGGCUUGAAGACGACUGGAACUGGGACACGUGGGCCGGGCCUGAGCAGGGUACGGCGUGGAGCCAGGAAGAGCUGCACUGCGAGGACCCCGACUUCAAUAUGGACGCCGACUACGACCCCAGCCAGCCUCGGAGGAAGCAGCGCGAGGCCCCCUCGAUGGGCAAGAAGAAGCGCAAGUCGCCCUUCGCCGCCGCCGUGGGCCAGGAGAAGCCGGUGUUCGAGCCGGGGGACAAGACGUUCGAGGAGUACCUGGACGAGUACUACCGGCUGGACUACGAGGACAUCAUCGAUGACCUGCCCUGUCGCUUCAAGUACCGCGCUGUGGUGCCCUGCGACUUCGGGCUGAGCACCGAGGAGAUCCUCGCAGCUGAUGACAAGGAGCUGAACCGGUGGUGCUCCCUGAAGAAGACCUGCAUGUACAGGUCGGAGCAGGAGGAGCUGCAGGACAAGAGGGCGUACAGCCAGAAGGCCCAGAACGCCUGGAAGAAGAGGCAGAUAUUCAAGUCGCUCUGCCCAGAGGAGACGGAGAUGCCCACGGAAGCCACAGGGAAGCCACCGAGAGACAAGGCCGGCCCGCAGGGGCAGCUGCCAGCCCCCGAUGGGGCCUGUGGGAAGCAGCCACGGCCUGGGAGCCCCCCAGCCCAGGAAGAGGCGGCCCCUGGAUCCAGCCCGGAGAAGCCAGCCCCCCCAAGGCGGAAGAGGGGCAAGAAGGCCCGGCUCCUGGGCCCCACUGUGACCCUCGGGGGCCACGAGUUCAGCCGCCAGAGACUACAAGCUUUCGGCCUCAACCCCAAACGGCUGCACUUCCGCCAGCUGGGCCGGCAGCGCAGGAAGCAGAAGGGGCCCAAGAGUGGCCCCUGACCUCCACGGAGCAAGUGGGGGCCCCGGGGUUUCUCCCGCUCAUCAAGACCCCAAAUGCACCCCACUCUGUCCACUCUGUGGACCCUCUUGUCUACCUGUGGGUGAGGGGGCAUCCCCAUCUUACAGAUGUGGCAGCUUCCCCGGGGUCUGCCUUGGCCCCAGCCCUCAAAUGCUGGGUCCAGCCGCAGCCAAGGUCAAGUCCAACGGCUUUAUUAGCCCCCAGCAGCCACAGUUCCCCCCUCCCACCGCCACCAGCCCUUAGGGCAGGGGGCUUGGGGACCAGGGAGGGGCGCGGGCGUCCAGUGCAAACUACAGUACUGAGUCAGGCCCUGAGUGGGUGCCGGGGCCCUCCCUCCCCGCCGCGCGGAGGGCCCAGCUGGCGGGAGGCGGGCAGACGCGGGCUGGCUCUGGCUGGGUGGCCCCGCUCGGAGGUUUCCUGGACUGGGCUGGCUGCGCUGGUCCAGGCAGCGUCGAGAAGGGGCAGUCAUCCCAGCCAGAGUGCAGGAUCCCACCCCCAGCGUGACAUAAAUAGAAAAAUAAAUAGUGUCGCAUCUUC